UUAAUCUCAAUGGUUUUAUUUGACCUUUACUCAUGCCGCCUGCCCAGCAGCCCUGUUUCUAUUUCUAUAGAAGGGAAUGCUCUGAGUUACCUUGGGUGAGGAGAUAGCACUGGCCUUGUGCAUAUUGUUAUUAUUGGAGAAUUUAGAGGCCGGGGGUGGGGGAGGUUUAUGAAUAGGGGCCCUAGUAAGAUUUUACUGUGGAGCCCAUAACCAGUACCACUGCCUCCUGCCCCCGUUUAGUUUCUCAUUCCCCACCCCUCAGGCUGAUUCUUUCAGCUCAGUGUGUUUUUCUGGAUGGAAUGAGCACCCUCACCCUGCACUUUUGUGCCAGGCACCCAGGGUUGGGCAGACUCGAGGAAAGAACCCAGUCAUAGGUGGGAGGGGACACAGCUCAGGGAGCUGGCAGGGAAAUAUUUGGAAACUUGGUGCCUUUGGAGGAAAGUCAUGGCACUGAGAGAGGAGCUGAUCAAGCCCAUCUGGCAUGCCUUCUCUGCCCUGGAAUUGGGCACAACCCAGUGUGUCUCCAGAUCUCAACUCAAAGUUCUGUCCCACAAUCUCUGCACAUUACUUAACGUCCCGCAUGAUCCGGUGGCCUUGGAGGAACAUUUUGGAGAUAAUGACUUGGGUCCGGUGUCCAACCAGGGGUACAUGCCUUAUCUCAACAAAUUCAUCCUGGACAAGGUUCAAGAAGGUUUCAACAAAGUGGAAUUUAAUAAGAUGUGCUGGACGCUGUGUGCAAAGAAACACCUCCCCAACACCCCCCUGUACAUCAGUGAAGACAGCGCCUUCAAAGUGUGGACCAUAUUCAAUUACUUGUCAGAAGAAAAAUUCCCACUGGUUAUUGUGCCCGAGGAGAUCGAGUACUUGCUGAAGAAGCUGACUGAAGCCAUGGGAGGAGGUUGGCAGCAGGCCCUGUUCGAGGACUACAAGGUGGCGCUGGACAAGAAGCAGAACGGCCUCUCUGCCUGGGAACUGAUUGAGCUCAUUGGCAGUGGUCAGUUCAGCAAAGGCAUUGACCAUGCCACUGUGUCCAUGGCCAUCAACGAAGUCUUUAAUGAGCUCAUUUUGGACAUUCUGAAGCAGGGAUAUUUGUGUAAAAAAGGGCACAAAAGGAAGAACUGGACUGAGCGCUGGUUUGUGCUGAAGCCAAACAUAGUAACGUACUACUGCAGUGAGGAUCUGAAGGACAAAAAAGGAGAAGUUAUUCUGGAUGAAAAUUGCUGUGUGGAGUCGUUGCCAGACAAAGACGGGAGAAAGUGCCUCUUUGUUGUGAAAUGUUUGGAGAAAAGUUACGAAAUCAGUGCUUCAGAUAAAAAGAAAAAGCAAGAGUGGAUUCAAGCCAUACAGACAGUGGUCAAUCUGCGCAAGUUCCAACUCCCUCCACCACACAAGGAGGCUCGUCAGAAACGAAGGGCUUUGCGGAAGAAAUUGCUGGCAGAGCAAGAGGCAAUGGAGAAGAAGAUGAAGGAGCUACAGCUGGCCAAUGAGACCAAGCAGCAGGAGUUAGAAGUCACGAGGAAGGAACUGAGGGAGGCUGCGGCUCGUGCCAUGGAAGAAGAGCGCAAACGGCAGGAGACGCAAACGCAGUUACAGGACCGGUUCCAAACAGAAAUGGAACGAGAACUUUUGAUCCGUCGGCAAAUGGAAGCACAGGUUGCACAGAAAUCGAAUGAACUACAACAGAAUCUAAUUCGUGUCCGGGAGUUGGAGGAAAUGUACCGGAAGCUUCAGGAGGCGCUGGAUGAUGAGAAGCAGGCGCGUCAAGAGGAGGAGAACGCCAGGCUCCAUCAGGCACGGCUUCUGGAAGAAGAGGCAGCCAAGAGAGAAGUGCUGGAGAAGCUCCAUAAGGAGCAGGAGGCGGCCAUUAAAAUGACGGAGGCGGAGAAGAAGGAGCUGGAGCAGAUCCGCGAGGUGAAGGAGAAGGCUCUGCAGGAUGCCAUGCAGCAACUGGAGCAGCUGGAGAAGGAACGGAUUCUGGCGCUAGAGCAGUACCAGCAAGUGUCAAAGAAUCUAGAGGAGGCCACCAGCAAGACCAGAUCUUGGAAAGACAAAGUACUGCAACAUGAAGGGUUAAUGCGACUAAUACAACCAGGUUCAAAGAAUCCGGGGCUUGUGACAAACUGGGGACCAGCGUCAUUCACCCAAGGAGAACUGGAGCAAAGAGAAAAGUCUUGGCAAGAGAAGAGGAGCCCCAGUACAGACUAGCACCCAAGGGUGCCAGAACAAAAAAGUAGGGUGCAGGACUAACGGUGUGGCUUUAGGUUUGUUAACGUCUGAGUUUCUGAGUUACAUCAGUUAAGAGAAAAUGAAAUCGUAAACUCUGUUAAUCUGAGCUCUAGCUAACGCCCCCGCGGAUCAUUGGGUGGGAUUUAGACGGACUCCCAGGGACCCCCCAGACCUGUGAUAUCACAUACACUGUGUCCAAUCAGGAACAGAACUGCCUGGUCCACUCAGCUCCAAACACCUUCUCUGCUACUGAGGUUCUGCACCGUCGCCAAGUCACUAAUGCCUUUAACAUUCAGAGAAUUGCGACUAAUUUUAUUACCGAAGGGUUUUUCUUAUGUUUUUCUUAUUGAAACCGAAUUCUAAAAUAAUUGUGUUUUUGUGAUAAAUCCCUGCAGUGUAACAAAUGCCAUGUAUAAAAUUAACAUUUCUGUA